AUGGCUUAUGUUUUGCAAAGUUGAAAGCACAUUGAAUUGGGAGAGCCGUCAGGAAUUUCUAGAUACGGAAUCAGCGAAAAUGGACUUAAUGCAAUUGGACGUCGAAUUAAUUGAUAAUCUAAUGAAUUACGCCGAAAAAAUAGAUGAGAAGGCUUCCCAACUAAAGAGACUAGCCCAGGAACUAAGACAGCCUUUGCACUCUGCGAAAGGUAGAGAAGAGGAGUACUUGGGCAAUCCUCUCCACAGUUUUCCACUCAUUCGACACAUGUACCAGGAUUGGCGGUACCUGGAAGAGUUUAUGAAGAAACCAGUGGGAGAAGAGGAAAUCCAAUUUCUAAGAAGAAAGUUACCGGAACUGCCCUGGCAGGUGGACACCGAGGAAGCCAGCGUCUCAAUCUUCAGAAUAGCUGAAACCUAUGGAAUGAUGCCCUGGGAUAUGGCCAACGGUCUCAUCGACAAUGUUCGGUUCAACUCCACACUGCCAGCUCUGGAUUGUUUUGAAGUCGCAAAGAUGUACUUCAAGUGGGGCUACUUCAAGCAGGCAUUACAGUGGAUAACCAUCAGCAAAGCUCGGAUGAAAGAGGAGUACUCCGGGGUUUAUGAGGUGCUGGGAAUGAAUCGCCAGGAUGUGGCCCUGCUGCAGGCUCGCUGUUUAGUGGAAUUGGACCGGAGAGAUGAAGCCCAUGAGGUACUUCUGGAUCAACCUGAUCUCGCAGACAAUUCGAUUAGCUUGCUGGACCAAUUCAAGGCCAAUCCUUACGAGGCAAUAGACAGUUCGCCCAAGUUGGGUGAAGGCUACAAGAGACUGUGCCGUUCCUCGUUCUCUCCGAACCCUUCAAAACUCCACUGUCGCUACAACAGCACCACCUCCGCCUUCCUGAUCCUGGCUCCCCUCAAAAUGGAGGAGAUCUCUCUGGAGCCCCAUAUAGUGGUGUACCAUGACAUCCUGCCGGAUAAGGAUAUCCAGCAGCUAAUAACCUUGGCGGAGCCACUACUGAAACCCACAGAAAUGUUUGACGAUAAUAAGAAUGAGGCAAGGAGCAGUUACCGCACACCGCUCGGUGGACCACUUUUGGAUAGCUUGACUCAGAGGAUGCGGGAUAUCACUGGCCUACAAAUCCGCCAGGGAAAUCCCAUUAAUAUUAUCAAAUACGGCUUUGGAGCUCCCUACACUAAUUACUAUGACUUCUUCAAAAAGAGAAACUCGGAAUCUAAAGGAUUUGGUGAUCGGAUGGCCACCUUUAUGUUUUAUCUAAAUGAUGCUCCUUACGGAGGUGCCACUGUCUUCCCGCGUUUAAAUGUUAAAGUACCUGCCGAACGGGGAAAAGUUCUGUUCUGGUACAAUCUUAAUGGCGACACCCACGACAUGGAGCCCACCACUAUGCACGCCGCUUGUCCCGUCUUUCAUGGUUCCAAAUGGGUAAUGACAGCCUGGAUACACGAAUAUGACUAGAUUUUCAUUCAACCCAUAUACCGCGAGGGAAAGACAAUGAAACACAAAUAAUAUUACAGCUAAAACUUAAGAUAAAACAACAGACGUUUUAUUUCAUUGGGAAGUAACUAACUAAGCAUAACUAACUAACCAAUAAACAUAUCGAAUUGAAUGUGCAGCGCAUAAUACCUUUUU